CCCCGGGCGUCUGAGGCUUUGCUCUGCCUCUUCUCCCGCGUCUACCUUGUGCCUCACGUGCACCCUAGUGUGGGUUUGCGUGGGUGUGGCCCAUGCGUCUGUGGGUCCCUUCGAGUGUCUGUGCAUCCUCUGAGCACGUACCCACGUCUGUUUGUUUACCUGUGUGCCUACUUGGGCAUCUUUGUGUGUGUUUUUGUGAGUCUUUGUGUCCUGAGUGCCUCUGCGGAUGUGCCCCAUGUCUCCACACGUGUCCCUGGGUCGACUGCAGUGAAGAUGCAGAGAUAAGUCCUGUGGGACAGCCUGGGAUGCUGAGCCCUAGGGUAUUUGCCUGCUCUGUCCUCUCCUGAUUCGCCAGGUAUCCUAGCGACGCUGCUGCCAGUCGCCUAGCAACCAGGUCCCCAUCCUUGGAGACAGAUGCUCCAAGCAGGGGCUGGGCUGUGUGGGCAGAGCCCGGGCAGGAAGAACGACCCCUUGACUGGGUGGGGCCGGCAGUUCAGCUCAGGGUCACCCACGAGGCAUGUGCCCCCAGGGAUGGGCAGGAGGCAGCUCCAUGUUGUGCCGUGUGGGUGCUGGGGGCCCAGGCUGUGAGGCAGUGAUGUUCAGAUGUUGUUCAGGGACCCAUCCGCUGAAGCAGAGGCGCCCUUGCUGGGUCUUCAGGUGGCAGACAGACCUGGCUCUGAACGCUGUCUCUGCCCCUUUGACAGGUGGCCUCACGCUGCUGAGGUGCCCUUGUUGGCACGGAGGUGCUGCCGAGGGCCACAGUCAGGGGUGGUGGGGGUGGACAGGCUUGGCACCCAGGAGGCACGUGGGGCGCGCUGGACCGUCCAGACACCCUGCUUGCUUAUGAGGCUCUGAUCUGCUCAGGGCUGGCUGCGCAGGGCCCCAGCCACCCAACCGGCGGUCCCUGUGGCUCAGCUGCCCUGGGAUCCCAGCUGAGGGGCGCUGUUCUGGGCAUGGAACUCCGGCUGGGGCAGGUACCGUGGGGCUUUGCGUGCAGGGCGGGGCAUGGAGUCCCUCUUCCCUGCCCCGUUCUGGGAAGUCCUCUACGGCGGCCACCUGCAGGGCAACCUGUCUCUCCUGAGCCCCAACCACAGCCUGCUGCCCCCGCACCUGAUGCUCAAUGCCAGCCACGGCGCCUUCCUGCCCCUCGGGCUCAAGGUCACCAUCGUGGGGCUCUACCUGGCUGUGUGCGUCGGGGGGCUGCUGGGGAACUGUCUCGUCAUGUAUGUCAUCCUCAGACACACCAAGAUGAAGACAGCUACCAACAUUUACAUCUUUAACUUGGCCCUGGCGGACACUCUGGUGCUGCUGACCCUGCCCUUCCAGGGCACAGAUGUCCUCCUGGGCUUCUGGCCAUUUGGGAACGCCCUGUGCAAGACGGUCAUCGCCAUUGACUAUUACAACAUGUUCACCAGCACCUUCACGCUGACUGCCAUGAGCGUGGACCGCUACAUAGCCAUCUGCCACCCCAUCCGUGCCCUUGACGUCCGGACAUCCAGCAAGGCCCAGGCUGUCAAUGUGGCCAUCUGGGCCCUGGCCUCUGUUGUCGGCGUUCCCGUUGCCAUCAUGGGCUCGGCACAGGUUGAGGAUGAAGAGAUUGAGUGCCUGGUGGAGAUCCCCACCCCGCAGGACUACUGGGGCCCCGUGUUUGCCAUCUGCAUCUUCCUCUUCUCCUUCAUCAUGCCUGUGCUCAUCAUCUCCGUCUGCUACAGCCUGAUGAUCCGGCGGCUGCGAGGCGUCCGCCUGCUCUCAGGCUCCCGCGAGAAGGACCGGAACCUGCGGCGCAUCACGCGUCUGGUGCUGGUGGUGGUGGCUGUGUUCGUGGGCUGCUGGACGCCCGUGCAGGUCUUCGUGCUGGUCCAGGGGCUGGGCGUGCAGCCGGGCAGUGAGACUGUGGUGGCCAUCCUGCGUUUCUGCACGGCCCUCGGCUACGUCAACAGCUGCCUCAACCCCAUCCUCUACGCCUUCCUGGACGAGAACUUCAAGGCCUGCUUCCGCAAGUUCUGCUGCGCGCCCACCCUGCGCCGGGAGAUGCAGGUGUCAGACCGCGUGCGCAGCAUCGCCAAGGAUGUGGCUCAUGCUCGCAAGACCUCUGAGAUGGUGCCACGGCCGGCAUGACUAGGCGUGGACCUGCCCAUGGUGCCUGUCAGCCCGCAGAGCCCAUCCACACCCAACACGGAGCUCACGCAGGUCACCGCUCUCUAGGCAGACGUGCAGCUGCGCAUCACCAGCCUCCACGGGCCACCCUGUGGCCUUGGAGGGUCUGGUGACAUCACGGGAUGGGUCAGAGCAUUAGGGCUGCCCUCCUAGUGGAGGGCGGGGAGGGGGUGCAGGACUCACUGGUGAGCAUGCCCGGCACUGCCAAGCUUCAUGGACCGUCCUGGCCUCUCCCCUGCUGCAUCCGUCUCCGGGUGGGCACACAGCCGGAAGCGUGACAGCGGCUGUACAGUCCCACGUGCCCUCGUGCUGUGGCUGUCUGCAUGGACCCUUGCAGUGUCUCCUCUGGGCAGCUGGAUGGGCCUGGCGCCGCCUGGAGGGUCCAGUGGGCAUCCCUGGGCAGUGGGACUCGCCCUGAGAGUGGAACUCCUUAGGAGGCUUCUCAGCAAGCCUGUUCCCUCCAGGACACGUGAACUGUUGCGCCGCAGACGUGGCCGUUCAGGUUUGCGAGGCGGUCAGGAGGACCGCCGCAGGCCACCCUGUCAUUUGUGAAGCAGCCCCAUGUGCCUGGCCUCAGCUGUGGGGUGGGGAGGGCUCUGUGGUGCUCUGUCUGGGUUGCCUGGGCCCCCCUCGGGCUGUCCCUCGAAGCCCUCCUUUCAGACUCCAUCAGAGGUCAGCGGCUGUGCAGCUGUCAGGACCGUGUGUCCUGCUUGGGUCCUGGUGGCCUUGGAAGGAUGCCAGUUGGGACAGGUUCGGCCCUGCACCCCAGUGACUGACGCCCUACUUCAUUUCAAGCCCCCAGUUAUCUGUGGGGGAAGCCUGAGCUUCCCAGUCAGAGGCGGCUUCGUAUGCAGAGUUGGAAGGAGAGCUGGGGCUGGCAGACCUGCUUGAGGGAGGCUGCAAGGACCAUCUGAGCCGUGGGGACCCUGCCCGCUGUGACCACCCAGAGAAGUACCCUCCCAGUUUGCAGAUGGAGGCUGCAGCUCGGUGACUUGGCCAGCGUUCUCUCUGCAGACAAGCUGCUGAAACCUCUGCAGUGGUAGAGCUGCCUCUACCUGCUAGCUGAGGUGCAGACCUGGCCAGGUGAGCUGAGGCACCUGGAAAGAGGAGGAGGUGCUGACUCUGGACUGGCCUCUCCUGCUUUGGGGACCCCGGCCUUGUGGGGUCGUCCUUGGGGAGGACGGGGCUCUGUCCAUGCUGCCAGCAGCGGGAGGCUCUGAGGACCGGAGCCACUAUGGCUGCAGCAUUUUUGUGCCAAGGCUGAAAGACAUGUGCAUUUGUGGUGGUGUAACACGUGUCUCCAUGUAUCUAUGCAUGUGGACAGUGUGAUUUCCCCUGCACGUAACCAGCCCUGAACUGUCUCCAGGGGCCGUGACGGAGGGUCAGAAUAACCCCCUGCACGCUGGUCAGGGCGCUCUGCUUGCAACAGGUGUUUCUGACUCUUUGGGGGGCCGUUGGGGUAAAUUCUCUGGGAUUAGCACGUGGGGUGUAGGUAGAUCC